UCAAGCCGGGUCAGCAACGAAGCAGGAACACAGGAUACCAGGUACAGAGGCUCAUGGGAAAACAUACACCAAGGCACAGAGCACAGGCCUGGUCAUGGCUUAAAUACACCUUUCUGCAAUCAGCCCCAGGUUUGCUGAUUGCACGUGUGAGCUUCUGGCUGCUGAGAGCACUCGCUGGUAAGCUCUGGUACUGCAGCCCACACGGCAGGCGAGUCCCACCACCAGUGCUGAGUCCAUUCCUGACACCCCAGGUUUGCUGAUUGCACGUGUGAGCUUCUGGCUGAUGAGAACACCCGCUGGUCAGCUCUGGUACUGCAGCCCACACGGCAGGCGAGUCCCACCACCAGUGCUGAGUCCAUUCCUGACAAC